AUGACGCAUCAGUGCGCGUCGCGGCGAAGAGCACGUCUACGAACCUUUGUGGCCAUCGUGGCCGCAUCUCUUUUGCUGCUGCUUGUUCUGACUCCUCUCCGAACACACGCGUACGAUGCAGACGACUUCGACGAUGACGAUGCAGAUGCAGACGACGACGCGCAGAUCUCGAUACCACCAGAAGCGCAACAAGCCAAAGAGCUCGCCGACGCUUCCUUGCUCUGGGGUACAUACCGUCCACAAAUCUACUUUGGUCUUCGUCCCCGUCUUCCCGACUCGCUCCUCACCGGUCUCGCCUGGUUCGGCUUGCAGGACUACGCCAACUAUCAGCACAUUCGACAUCAGUGCAGCGAUCAAGAUGGUAUGAAGGGCUUCACAUGGAAGUACCACGACGGGCGCGAAUUUGGCGUUCAAGAGAUCAACGACAACGAGAACAACUACCGCCUCGAGACCAGCUUCCUCAAAGUCAACACCGCCAACAAGAACGGCGGCAGCUGGGGCGCUCGCAUCUCGGGCACUGUCCUGGAUCCCACAAAGCCAGCAUCCCUCACCACCUUCUGGUACACCGCCAUCGAGACCCUGGGCGGCACGCUCGGUCUCGAAACCGAGGUGGAGCCAGGGCAAGGGAUUGAGCGUCACCGGCCCGUGCGUCUUGCUGGCUCCGUUCCAGGACUUGGCGACUUUGUACUGCGCGUCGAAGAGCCAGAGGCGGCUCAUGGCAACUCGAACACCAAUGGCAAUCAAUUCGUCACCAGGCACAGCGGUUCUGCUACCGCCGACGACUACGCCGAGACCGUUGGCAAGUCUCACGUCUUUGGCAAGCGGAUUCCCGUCGACACGGUCUGGAAGGGUAAGGACGUCAUUCAGAACGACAUCGCGGUCCGUUUGCAGCAAGCAAUACAGACGUUCGGAAAGGACAACAUGCCCGAUCCUGCCCUCACCCUCUCUCUCUCGGACCAAAUCGCGCCUGGUUCCACCAUCUUUGCCGUCCAGAAAUCUUUCACCGGUAACUUCACCUUUGACGUCUUCUACGACAGCGCAUCCACACCCAAGGGCGAGCUCCUUUCGUCUGCUGGACUGACGCAAGCACUCCGAGCUUCUCGUCAAGCCUACGAUGAGCGCUUCACAAGCGCUCUUCGCCUCAACAAGAAAAACUACUCGGCACAGCAAAUCGAGUACGCCCGUGACCUCACUUCUUCUAUCACAGGAGGUAUCGGCUUCUAUCACGGCUCCUCCAUUGUCGACCGCACCUUCAAGCACGAACACGACAUUGAGGCCGGCUCGGGCGUCUACGAUCCCGAGGUGGAUGGUCAGCCCAACCCACAGCGCACCGAACCUGAACAGCAUUUCACCGCCACGCCCUGCCGGAACAUCUUCCCACGCGGCUUCUACUGGGAUGAAGGUUUCCACCUGGCUCACAUUGGUGCGUGGGACAACGACCUCAGUCUCGACAUUCUGCGCAGUUGGAUUCGCUUGAUCGAUCGAGACGGCUGGGUGGCCCGCGAGCAGAUCCUUGGCGACGAGGCCAGGUCACGCGUGCCUGAUGGCUUCCAGACCCAGUACCCGCAGUACGGCAACCCGCCGACCCUCAUCCUGGCUGUCAGCGCUUACGUUGACCGUCUUGUCGCUCGAAUCGAAAAGUCAGGAUUAAGCGUCGCUUCUCUUGGCAACCAGGAAGCUCUCGUAGACUCGCAAUCGCUAGAGGAAGCGCCCAUCUCGGAAAAGAUGCUGGUCUCGACGGCGCUCGGUCAAGCCUUCUUGCGCGAAAUCUAUCCCAAGCUGCGUCGACACUACCGUUGGUUCCGCCGCACGCAACGGGGCGAAGUGCGCGAAUGGGACCGCGAGGCCACUUCGAGGCUAGAGGCGUAUCGAUGGCGCGGCCGCACCAAGGACCAUGUCUUGACAAGUGGAUUGGAUGACUAUCCGCGUGCGCCUGUGCCUCACACGGGCGAGCUUCACGUUGACCUGCACUCGUGGAUGGGCUCUUUCGCCGACACCAUGACCAAGAUCGCCCGCGUUCUGGGCAAGGAGGACGACGUGGAAGAGUUCUCCCGGCACUACUCGGACAUCGUUGCCAAUCUGGAAGAUCUGCAUUGGAGCGAGGAGAACAAGAUGUACUGCGAUGCGAGCGUCGACGAGCACGAUCAGUCGUACCACGUCUGCCACGCUGGCUACGUCUCUCUGUUCCCGUUCAUGCUCGAGCUGCUCCCGCCCGACUCGCCACACUUGGGUCAUGUGCUGGAUCUGCUCUCGGAUCCAGAGCAGCUGUGGUCGCCGUACGGCAUCCGAUCGCUCAGCCUCAAGGACGAGCACUUUGGCAAGGGAGACAACUACUGGCGAGGACCCGUGUGGGUGCACAUGAGCUACCUCAGCUUGAGGGCGUUGCGCAACAAGUACGCGACCACGUCGGGUCCUCAUCAGAAGCAGGCGCAGCAGAUCUACGAGAGGUUGCGGGAGAAUGUGGUGGCAAAUACGUUCAAGGAGUACGAGAGGACCGGAUAUGUCUUCGAACAGUACAAUCCAAAGGAUGGAAAGGGACAGAGGGGGUAUCCGUUCACGGGAUGGACGAGCACGGUUGCCUUGAUGAUGGCCGAGAUCUUCCCGUGA